AUGUCCGCCUCACUUCCCUCCACUCUGUCAUCCCUCCUCAAAAAGUCGACGCUCGAAGACCACGAGCAGAUUCUCUCGGAAUGCAACAAAUCGUUGAAGGCCUCAAAGGGCUCUGACUCGGAAACCCAGCAUGUCAAAGUGGUCGCACUCCUCAAACUCGACCGUUACGAGGAGGCCGUGAAAUUCAUUGAAGACACUGCUGGAUUGAAGAAGAAGGUUGAGCUGGAAUAUGCCUAUGCCUUGUACAAGACCGGCCGUCUAAAAGAGGCCGCAGAGUUGGCAGCUACGAUAAAGGGGAGGGGGGCACAACACAUCGAAGCGCAAGCCCGAUACCGUCUUGAAGACUCGAGCAUUCCCUCAGAACUGUACAAGCGACUACGAAGUCAGCAGGUCGAUUCAGAGCAAUACGAUCUCAAAGUAAACCAGAGUGCUAUCGAUGCACAGGCGCAAUGGCUUGGUUUUGCCGACCCUCUAUCAAUACGAAAAGUCGGGAGAGAAGAUCUUGAAGCCUUUGAAACCGCGUAUAACGCCGCAUGUGGCAGCAUUGCGAGAGGAGAAUAUGCUCAAGCCGAAGUUCUCCUCAAGCGGGCAAAAGAGCUAUGCAAGCACUCGGACGAUCUGACGGACCAGCAAAAAGCCGACGAGCUCCUCCCUAUCUCUGUCCAGCAGUUGUUCGUGCUAUUAUGUUUGGGCAAAACAGCCGAAGCAGAGAAGCUCGCUGGCGAGAUCAACGCCGCGGACGCCUCUGACCUUUCAACCCGCAAAAUCGGUCAGAACAACGUUCUGUCAACUUCGUCUGUGUUCAACCCGUUUCUCGCCCACAAGACUUUCCACGCAACUCCCAAUAUUCCCACACACGACAGACCUUUCUCGUACCAGAGCGUCCCUCUUGAAUCCAACAGAAUUACCAUCGAUCUGCAGACCUUCAAAUUCAACGGCAUUAUCUCAUCCACAUCAAAGAUCAUCAAGGAACACACCUCCCCCUCCCUCUCGUCGGAUGUUCUACUGGCAUCAUUUUUCAAUGCUGCUGCCUAUGCCAAGAACGAAACGGGCAAAGCUGCCAUCCGAAAGAUAUUGCCUGUACUCGAGAAACGGCCAAACGACAUUGGUCUAAUAGUCACCCUGGUUCAACUGUACGUGAUGAGCGGAGACACUACCUCCGCGAUUGAAUUGGUCGAAACAUUGUUUAAAAGACUGGAGGACACUGUCAUCGAAGGCGAGCAAGACAUCAGAUUCAACCCUAUGCUUGUGAGUCUUAUGAUCUGUUUGUACAGGACACGGGGUCAGAGAGACCAUGUCAAACGCGAACUUGCCAAGGCUGCAUCAUAUUGGCGGACCAAAUCAAAUGCAUCAACGAGCUUGCUCACUGCUGCAGGGGUGUCAUUGUUGGAGUCACAAAGCGAAGAGGAUGCGAAACUAGCAUCCGACAUUUUCACUAGGCUUCGCCAGCAACAACCAAACGACAAAGCAACAAUUGCCGGUUACGUGGCAUCACAUGCCUGGGAUGAGGAGGCUGUGGUUGGGGCGGAUGCUGAUAAGCUGACUGCCACGGCCGAGCUCAUUCGCAACAUCGACAUCGACUUGUUAGAGAAUACGGGCAUCUCACAGUCGUCGAAUGCUCUCACAAUAGCACAACUGGGUCGGACAAGAAAACGGGGCGCUCCGGAGGGUGGCAAUCUCAAACCAAAGCGUAUUCGCAAAUCGAGAUUGCCGAAGGACUAUGAUGAAAGCAAGAAACCGGAUCCCGAGCGGUGGCUUCCCAUGAGAGACAGAAGCUAUUAUCGCCCGCCUAAGGGUAAGAAGAAAGGCAAGCGAGGAGGUGGUGGUGGUGGUGAUGAUCGAACGCAGGGUGGAGCAGUGGAUGAAUCCCUGAAUGUCGACGCAAAGCCCAAUGCCGCUGCAGUUGUUACAGCCUCGACAGGUGGUGGGAACAAGAAGAAGAAGGGGAAAGGGAAGAAAUGA